CAUAUUUUGUCACCAGCAGGAGGCCUCAGUCGAUAAGAAUGGCCACAAAAUCGUUCCAUCUAAGGAUUCAAUUUGAAUCAAUGAAUGCAUUACUCACAAGAAAGCCAUCAUUUUGUCUUAGGAAUCAAAAUUUUAGGCCUUUCUCUUCCCAUAAAUUGUUAUCAAAGAAAGGUUUAGCCAAUGCACUAAGAGUCCUGAACCUUGUAUCCCCCCAAAAACGUGGUGCUGAUGUUAAGAGUCGUCAAAGCCAUCUGAGGCUCAUUGAGAACAUGUUGGAAAACAAUGCAACCGUAACCAUUCCUCUUGGUCACAAUUCACCUACUCUUAGGACUACAACUGAAAUGGAUAUUCACUCCUCUGUUCUACAGAUGGAAGUUUAUGUGCACUCCUUGUCACAAGCUGUGAGCUCAUGUGGGUCCAAGCGUGACCUUUGGGGAGGAAUUCAGUAUCACUGCUUAGCAAUAACAACUGGGUUCAUUGCCAAUGUUUAUGUUGGAAGUUCUUUGAUAAGUUUGUACAGCAGAUGUGCCUUAUUGGACGAUGCAUGCCUUGUGUUUGAAGAAAUGCCUGUUAGGAAUGUAGUUUCAUGGACGGCAAUUAUUUCUGGGUUUGCACAAGCAUGGCGUGUUGACAUGUGUUUGGAGCUCUUGCAUCAAAUGAGGGGAUCAGAUUUGAGACCAAAUUAUUUUACGUACACUAGUCUUCUAAGUGCUUGUAUGGGCAGUGGAGCACUGGAACAUGGGAGAUGUGCUCAUUGUCAAAUAAUUCACCUGGGUUUUCACUCUUACCUCCACAUUGAUAAUGCUCUAGUUGCUAUGUAUUCCAAAUGCGGGGCAAUUGACGAGGCCUUGUACAUAUUUGAAAAUAUGGAGGGUAGGGAUGUUGUCACAUGGAAUACCAUGAUUAGCGGGUAUGCGCAGCAUGGGCUUGCCCAAGAGGCAAUUAGUCUCUUCGAAGAGAUGAUAAAGCAAGGUAUUCAUCCUGAUGCUGUUACUUACCUUGGUGUCUUAUCCUCAUGCAGACAUGGCGGGCUUGUCAAAGAAGGCCAAGUUUACUUUAAUUCCAUGAUUGAGCAUGGUGUGCAGCCAGAACUAGAUCAUUAUUCUUGUAUUGUAGAUCUUCUUGGUCGAGCUGGUUUACUUCUGGAGGCUCGUGAUUUCGUUCAAAAUAUGCCUGUUUUUCCCAAUGCUGUAAUAUGGGGUUCACUGUUGUCUUCCUCUAGGCUUCAUGGAAGUGUUCAGAUUGGCAUCCAUGCAGCAGAGAAUAGGCUGUUGUUGGAACCAGGGUGUUCAGCUACACUUCAGCAGCUGGCGAAUCUCUAUGGAAGAGUUGGUUGGUGGAAUGAGGCUGCACGAGUGCGAAAAUUAAUGAAAGACAAAGGUCUUAAACCAAAUCCUGGUUGUAGUUGGGUUGAAGUGAAAAGCAAAAUCCAUAUAUUUGAAGCACAAAAUAAGUCAAACAGUAGAAGGACAGAGAUUAUUUUAACAUUGAAUAGUUUGAUAGACCACAUUAGUAGUUUAAACUUUCAGUUUCAGAUGUGUGAUGAGGAAAAUAUUUGGCUUUCAGUUUCACAAUGCUAACUCAAUUGUGGGGCUUUUAACAUUUCCAGCACUCACGUUUGAAAUGGGUGGGAACAAUAGGACUGUCAUUUUCUGGUCAGUGAAAUGUUUAUCGAUGAUCGGAAAUUCAAAAAAACAAUUCUGAGCAAAG